CCUCCCAUGAUCCUUUUCUCUCAAACACUGUUUAUGCUUUGUUCGGGCUAGAUGACCAUCUUAAUGUAUACAGACUCAUUGUUUGUAAAUAAUAGUACAAAGCAGCUUUAUCAAGCAAGUUAUAACAGAUCUAAAUUAGCUGUAUCUGACAUAAAAGUGUCCCGUAAAUGACGAACGUCAUGAAUGCUGUUGAUUUUCAGACACAGUUAACAUCCAUAAUGGAAAUUUUGGCGAAGACCGCUAUUGUAGAAAUAGGCAAACUCUUCGAGGAGAAUUCGUCUUAUGUGCGAUUAGAGAUAUCUCGACAUAUCAGCGUAAAUGAGACUCUGAAGAGGAAAUGUAAUUUACUGGAGAGUGAACUUCAAGCUGCCCGGAAAACUGUUGAGAAGAUGAACGGGACAGCAGCUCCAUUCAGCGACGGGUUGACAGACACUGGGCAUCGUCCCGCAAUUGACAAUGUCUUUGGUAAGGAAUGGUGCAUGGAUAUGUGGAGACAUGAGAAGUCAAACGUUCAUCAAAAGGAGAACACACGUGCAGACUCUUCAGUCAUCACAGGAGAGCCAGUAAAUUUGAUCGAUGAUGAACCAGACAUGAUCAUCAUUAAAGAGGAGACAUUUGAGGAUCACUCUGGGAAAAAUAACAAAGAGGAAGACCAGAAUAACAGUUUGAGGGGACCUGCAGCAGCCAGCAGUGACAGAUGUGUUGCCCAGACUUCUUUGGAUUUUAUGACAUACACGCUACCUUCAGAACAGCUGAUUGAUGGGGAAACCCUGCUGGGUUUAACAGAGAAGAUGGUGGGAAAUAUAUUCCCCACAAUGAAACAGCCAAAUACAUUUCUAAAAGAACUGGAACAUGAUGCAGACACAUCCUCAGGGUUGCAAAUUCAGCUCACUCAGCAAAGAUCCAGCGAGCCAUGGCCAGCAGUUUUUAGCCUUCCUGCUUUUCCUCAACAACUCCAUGAGGCACUGCAGAGGAAGGAUCCGUCCUUGAAGAAAAAAGGCAAAUCACGUCUACGGUCCCUCUUAAUUCAAGUGUUGUUUGAUAACCUCACCAAACACACAUGGUAUCCAAACCACACAAUAUAUGCUGAUGUUCUGGGGAGACUGAUUACAAAAUUUCCUUUCUUGAAAGAUUGCAGUGCCUCUGGUCAUGAUACCCUCCUACAAUGUCUGCGGAACAAAUUUAAAAAAGAGCGAAUUUCUUUAGUGAGAUCAUCAACAGUUCAAGAACUUUGCGUUAAAAGAAAUCUGAUGGACCGCACUUCUUCUGAUGGCCUUGGCUUUGAAGAGGAGGUACACUACCAGACCAGUGACUUCCCACUCCCACAUUCAUUCUCUCACAAUUAAGCCAUUAAUUAUUAGCAUCUCUUUCUCCAGUUUUUUAAUUGCACCCUGUUCUACAAGCUAGACCACAUACCUCAAAUCUUUUUUCCCUUGGUACUAACCCUGACCUUAUCCCUAAAUAUUGCCUUUUAUAUCGCAAUGUCUCUUUUUGUUAUGCUACUGUUUUUUUUUUCUGUGACCUAUAAGUUAUGUUAAAAGUAAUUCUGAUUAUAUUAUUAAAAAGGAUAUCUGCAAAUAUAUGACCUUUGCCGAAAUUCUGAAUAUUUUCUGCGUAUAUUAUCUCAACCAUUUAACGUGUUCAUUUUAGCAUGCAAAAAGACGAAAGACUACUCAUCCCAUUUACACACAAGAGGUUUGUCAAUAUUAACUUUAAAUUACUAAAUCACUCUGGAAAAGUAGUGCGGGACAUAUUAUGGGAUGGUUAUAAUUGACCGUUUCAGAACCUAGAAAAUAUGGGGGAAGAUGAAACAAGCUUCCAGGAGCACAUCAAUGGUAUAAAUACAGAACUAUGCAGAGGGCAGCCAGACUACACUGAUAUAAAGAAUCAUAUGAGGCGAACUCUUUUCAAAAGACUUGAAUAAAUGGAAAAACCAAUAAAGGAGGUGAUGACAUGUUCCCAUUUUUGGGGUUCCACAACUUCUGAGUAUUGAGUGUUUUUGACUGGUUAUGAGGGUCUACAAAAAAAAUCUGCAUUUUUUUGCUUAAUUUGAUGUGGUCUUUGUGUGAUGAAGGUACUUCAUGAAAUAA